AUGACCUCCGGCCAAGCCUCGAAGAGCGACGAUUCAGCUCGUCCAGCCUCGCCGGCCGGCAGCUUCUACGCCAUGAGCGACGAUGAGGAGGGCGGCUAUGAGACCAUCACUCACACGCAGUCCGGCCGAGGCGUCAAGCUGCUGUACUCCAAGAGCAAGGUCUACGUCCAUCCCACGCCAUCAGCAAAGGACAACAUCCCCGGCUACAUAGCUCUGCUGCAGCAAAAGGGGCCAAGGCGGGAUCGCCCCUCCACAGCGUCUUCGGCGGAGAACCCCGACAGUAUUGCGUCUUCAGACCUGCUUCUUGCCUGGGUACCCGAAUCAUCCCUUGGUGACUCGGCGAGCGUCUAUGUCAAAGUUGAUCUCUCCGAUGCCGACUCCCCUCCCAAGCAGUCAUAUCUCGUCCCUCCACCUCCUACAGUGACCAGCCACGGGAGCUCGGUUGGCGGCUACGCCUUUGCCAUCCCCGUUAGUGCCAUCUACUCUCUGCUGGUCCGACCCCCGAGUCUGGGCUGGUGGUAUGGCUCCAUCAUUAUCAACUCUCGAGGGGGCGACAGCUUCCCUGCGCUCUUUUUCCACGAUGACGAGUGCCAGAGCACUAUUCUUCAGAAAAAGAAGCUGGCCCGGGACAACUUCGACCCGUUUGGAGACAAGGGCCAGAUGUUCUGGGGCGCAGAUGAAGUCUUGCGAUGGCUGAGGAGGUACAUCAAAAUUGAGAGGUCCGGGGCAGAGCCCAACAUCUAUCUCAUUGAGCCCAGCAAGGAGGACUUGGAAAGCUUCGGCUCUAAAAUGACGGCGAAGAAAGCGCAGGGGAAUGCCAAGGCAGGAGGCUCAACCCCCAAAGAUGCCCAGAUGGACCCCUUCAUGAAGUUUGUCAAGGAGACGGGGUGGAAUCUCAUGGAAAAAUUCAGCAAAGUGACUACCUUGACUAGAAGAGCAGCACACGACUUGUCAGAAAAUCCCAGCCUGCCCCCUCAGGUACGGAGGUUGCUCAGGAACCCAGAGGUCCAGACCCUCCAAGAUGAGUUUGACAGCGCCAGGAUAUACCUCGCUAGGUGGGCCAUGGGCAUGGCCGAGCAGAGUGAGCGUGACCACCGGCAGAGAAUCUGGACGGUUCGAGAUGUCAUGGAGCUCGAAGACACUGGCGUCGGAGAGUUCGAGCUUCUUGAGGGAACAAGCUCUCUCUCGCUCGAAGAGAGAAAGCAACCAGUCACAAUAGAAGAGUGGGACGCUUUCUUUGAUCCCGAGACCGGGAGGCUGUCCAUCGCGGUGGACGAAGUCAAAGAGCGCAUCUUCCACGGUGGACUGGAUCCCGAUGACGGGGUGCGAAAGGAAGCCUGGCUCUUCUUGUUGGGCGUGUACGAAUGGUACAGCACGAUCGACGAGAGAAAGGCUACCAUCGCCUCCCUGAGGGAUCAGUAUUACAAGCUCAAGCAGUCCUGGUGGAACCGACUAGAGGGAGACGGCGGAGAGGAGAAGGAUGUUCACCGAACGGAUCGAAAUGUGCCCAUCUUCCACGGAGAAGAUACUCCUCAUCCAGAUCCGAACUCGCCGUUUGCCGAAGUGGGCACCAAUGUCCACCUCGAGCAGAUGAAAGAGAUGCUGCUGACAUACAACGAAUACAACAAAGACCUCGGCUACGUCCAAGGCAUGUCGGAUCUUUUGGCACCAAUCUACGCCGUGGUUCAGGACGACGCGGUGGCCUUUUGGGCGUUCCAAAUGUUCAUGGAGAGAAUGGAACGCAACUUUCUGCGCGACCAGUCGGGCAUGCGAGGCCAGCUGUUGGCCUUGGACCAGCUUGUCCAUUUCAUGGACCCCAAGCUGUGGGAUCACCUGCAGAGCACUGACAGCACCAACUUCUUCUUCUUCUUCCGCAUGAUCUUGGUCUGGUACAAGCGGGAGUUUGACUGGCCGGACGUGCUCAAGCUUUGGGAGUGCCUGUGGACGGACUACUACAGCUCCAGCUUCCACCUCUUCAUUGCCCUCGCCAUUCUCGAGAAGCACAGAGACGUCAUCAUGACCCACCUCAAGGCGUUUGAUGAAGUGCUGAAAUAUGUGAAUGAGCUGUCGGGUACCAUCGACCUUGACUCGACCAUCAUUCGCGCCGAGGCCCUCUUCCGCCGGUUCCAGCGGCUCGUCGAAGCAGUCGACAAGAAGAACAACUUCCCGCCUCCAAGAACAGAGAGCCCGGCCCAGCCAGAUUCCAACGGAAAAGGCAAAGCGAGCACAGCGUCAUCAAAGCACGAGCGGGUGAUUACCCCCGAGCUGCGAAAGCUGCUCAGCCGCAAGGUUGAGACUGUGGACAGGAAGCCAAAGGCGGCAACCCUGAAGGCAGAAGCAUCGACCGAUUCGAAGUGA